CCAAUUGUUCCUGGACUUCAUUCAAGGUGAUGCCUCCAAGUGCAUCCACCCCCAUCAACAAGAAGCUCUUUUAGCAGUAAAGAAGCAGCUCGAUGACAUAGAUCAACCAAACAUUGCUCUUGUUGUUUUACCCACUGGCUGUGGUAAAACUGGUGUUGCUGUUUUAGCUCCAUAUGUGCUAGGGUCCCAACGUGUUCUUGUCCUAACUCCUUCAAAUGCUAUAUCAGAGCAAAUAUUUAAGGCAUUUGGUGGACAAGAGCCUCAGGAUAUGUUUUUUGUGCAGAGAGAGAUCAUUACAAAAGAUAAAACCGAUGAUGUCCGUCCUAGCUGUACUCUCAUUACAAGUACUGAUCAGAUCAAGAACUCUUUGCACAAUGAGCUGCUGAUAAUCACAGCUCAUCAAGUUGCAGGGAGUUCUCGAGUCAGAAUUCAAGAUAUUUCUCCUGAAAAUUAUGACCUUGUCAUUGUUGAUGAAGCUCACCAUUACCCAGCACCUACUUGGAGGACAAUCGUUAAUCAUUUUAGUAGUAGCAAGCGUCUCUUUCUAACAGCAACACCGUAUCAUAGAAGCACACAAGGCUAUAUACUGAAGGAUAUUGAGGCUCAUUUGGCUGGUUUAGAUGGAAAUGUACCUGUAUCCAUUGACAAAUACUUCAAUUUGAGCCUGCGCAAAGCUAUUGAUGAAGGAGUUAUAAGGGAAAAGGAGUUUCACGAAGUUGGCACAUCAGAAUUUGUAAAUGAGAAAACUGCAAUGCAGGAAGUUUCUAUUAAAAUUAUACAAAUUCUUUGUGAGCAUGAUGCACAAGAUCCAAGUGUAAAGCACCAGGCAAUGGUAUUGACGCAGUCAGCUGAAGACUUUGGUAUAAAUUCAGCCAGAGAUUUCUUCUAUGAGUAUAAUGCAAUAGCACCUCCAUACUAUCAUUGUGAAAUGUAUAUUGCUGGCAGUCCCACUUCUGUUCUAACAAAAUUUCAAAAUGGAGCUACACGAACAUUAGUAAUUGUUAAUAAGCUCAGGGAAGGAUAUGAUAACACCAACGUUAGCGUUGCUGCCAUUGUUCGUAAUGUUGGUCCAAAAUCAAAAGUUCUAUUUGCUCAAUUUGUUGGUAGAGCAAUUCGUAAGGCUCAUCCUAAUGAUCCUGUUACUGCAGCUAUAAUAGCACAUAAGCUUCACAAGCAAAGAAACAAUUAUGAAUUGUUUCAUAGUGUUGCUGAUGAAGAUGUUAUUGUUAAUUAAUUGUGAACAUAGAACCUUAUUAAAUAGGCUACUAGACUUUUUCAAACUUUUUUACUGAUAUCAAAAGUUUUUUAUUGAUUUUAGUAAAUUUUGUGACUGAUAGUGAUCUAA